GUGAAAUAAUAGGAAGCGAGUUUCAGUGUUUGAAGAAACAUAGAAUAGAAUAGAAUGAGACCGAAAUGAAAAUGAAAGAGAAAUGAGCAUUGGCAGUAGGAAGCAGGCAAGGCUUCACAGAUUUGGCCAAACCAGUUCUACACUCCUCCACGAAAACCCAAGAUGUGUGAUUUGGCGAUCAUCAAAAUGAACCAAAUUUCCAGAAAUUAAAAAUUCAGAAGAGUUUUUUGAUGUUGAGAGGCUGCAACACAUUACUUAAAAUUCGACGUUGAAAUCAAAACAGAGAGAGAGAGAGAGAGAGAGAAAUAGGGCUUUUGAAUGAUGAGAAAGCCUCAUUUCUAUGAGGUUUAUUCCUCUGCCUUCAGCUCUCACAGACUGAAACUUCCCGAUGGAUUUGUGUGUCACAUGGAGGGAAGGACAUAUGGAUCAGUUUCGUUGACUGGUCCUAGUGGAAAAACAUGGACAGUGCAAUUGAUUAAGCAGGAAAAUGAUCUAUUUCUCCAUCAUGGGUGGUCGACAUUUGUGGUGGAUCAUCAGCUAGAAUGUGGUGAACUUUUGGUUUUCAGAUAUGAAGGUCACUUGCAUUUUACCGUGCAAGUAUUUGAUAAGGAUGCAUGUGAGAAAGAGGCAGCGUUUCAUUCUGAAUGCAGUCAAAGUUCAAAGAUAAUGAGUACCAAUGAGAACCAGGAACUUGAACUGGGUGUUGGUAAAGAACUAUUGCGGUAUGAGAUAGUAAGACCAAUUAGUAUGUUCAGAGAAAACGAAGAAACCUCCAAAGCAUGUUCAGCUAAUGAUGUCCCUGUGCCUUUUCACAUGGACAAUAGCAAAGAAGAUGAAGAGACUGCCAUCCUGUAUAGAAGUGGGAAGGACGAUCAUCGUUAUAUUCUCAGUGGAGUUUCAUUAUCAAAUGUAUCAGCACACGAUGAGAAAAAAGUUUCCCAGUCAUUUAUUUCCUCUUUUCCAUAUUUUGUUAGAAUCAUGAAAAGCUUCAAUGUCAGUGGUUCAUAUACUCUGAAUAUCCCUUAUCAGUUUUCGAUGGCACAUCUUCCCAAUUGCAAGAUAAAGAUUAUUCUUCAUAAUUUGAAAGGAGAACAUUGGACUGUUAAUUCCGUGCCAACAACUAGAGUGCAUACUAGUCACACUCUUUGUGGAGGAUGGAUGGCCUUUGUUCGUGGUAAUAACAUAAAGGUUGGAGAUAUCUGCAUUUUUGAGCUUGUGCAUGAGUGUGAAUUACGUGUUCGCAUUGCUGAGGUUGCAAAAGAUGGGUCUGACUGCCAGGUUGGAAACCUAGCCAUUACUAGGCCUAGUGCAGGACAUGCUGUAACUUCCAGAUGUAUGCCAAUGAAUCCUAAAGUCAACUCAAAAUGCAUAAGAAAAGUUGAUCUAUCGGAUAAGAAGUGGUCAAAGAUUGGUCAAGAAACUAUUUUAUCCAUUGACUUAAAGAAAUCUAGUAGAGCUUCAAAUACUUCUAAGAAGAUGGGGCUUUGCCCUCAGUCGAAAGCUGCCCAUAAAAAGUUGGCUGCUCCAAGGAGACAUCGUGUUGACGAUGAACUAAGCUCACAGGCUAAAGCUGGUUUGAGAAUGUUGUUUGCACUCGAUGAACAAAGAGUAGCUCAAGCUUUUACUUCCCCUUUUCCUAGUUUUGUGAAAAUAAUGAAAAAGUUCAAUGUCAGUGGAUCAUACACUUUGAAAAUCCCAUACCAGUUCUCAGCUGCACAUCUCCCAACUUACAAAACUGAAGUUACACUUCGUAAUUCAAGAGGUGAAUGCUGGACUGUGAACUCGGUUCCAGAUGCAAAAGGUAGAACAGUUCACACCUUUUGUGGAGGGUGGAUGGCCUUUGUUCGUGAUAAUGACAUCAAUUUUGGAGACACAUGCAUUUUUGAACUCGUUGCUCAAUGUGAGAUGCACGUUUACAUAUCUGGGGUUGGAAAGGAAGGGCUUGAUCAUCAAAAUGGGCAUUUAAAACUUACUAAUAGAUUAGCUAACGUUCCAUCUACCUGCUAACGUUCUUGUUUGUGAGAAUCAAUCUUCCAUGAAGAUGUUUGUUUUGAGAGUGGCAAAAGAUCUUUUGCAUUUUAUGUACAUAUUGCAGUAAUUUCAUACCCUCUUGAUAUAUAUGUACAUCUCACCGUUCACAUGCCAAUUUAUCAUCUCACCUGGUUAGAUCUUAGAAUA